AUGUUCAACUUGAGAAGCAUCCUGAAGAUGCUACAGUUCCUGAAAUUAUAUUUUUUAUUUUUUGAGAAUUUCACCUUACCCAUAUUUCCUUCACGCAAAAAAAACUUCGCUGGGGAAAUAGUGCUUAUUACUGGCUCCGCAAAUGGGAUUGGAAGUCAGAUUGCCUUAAAUUUUGCUUCUUUGGGAGCAACCUUGGUUCUUUGGGACAUAGACGAUGAAGGUAACAAAGAAACAAGCAGAUUAGCCCAAAAAAAUGGAGCUAAAUGAGUGUUUGCCUACCACUGUGACUGCGGCAAUAUGGAGGAGGUCUAUGAAAAGGCAGACAAGGUUAGAAAAGAAGUUGGGGAUGUUACUAUUCUAAUCAAUAAUGUCGGCACACUUCUUGGGAAAAAGUUCUGUGACAUUCUAGAUGCAGAUUUUGAAAAGACCUUAAGAGUCAACUUCCUCUCUCAAGUCUGGACUUGCAAGGCCUUUCUUCCAGCCAUGAUGACCUGUAACCGUGGACACCUAGUUAGCACCACCAGUGCAGCAGGAUUGUUAGGAGUCUACAGUAUGUCAGAUUAUGCUGGAAGUAAUUAUGCAAUCAUUGGAAUGAUGAAAGCCUUAGAUUCGGAAAUGUAUCAUGCAGGAAAACAAGGCAUUAAAACCACAAUAAUUUGCCCUUAUUUUAUUAAUACUGAUUUAGCUAAAGCUUUUCAAACCCACAACCACCUUUUUCUUCCUGUUUAUGAUGCAGAGUAUGUAGCCCGCAAGAUCAUGGAUGCAAUUCAAAAGCAAAAGUUUUAUCUAAUCAUUCCUCUGACUUUACACUUUCUUGCUUUCAAAAUUCUCAUUCCUAGAAAAAUGGUAUUACUCUUCAAAUCUUGCCUUAAGAUCGCCAACAGCUUGGAUAAAGCCUUCAGUUGGAUGAAAAAAGAUUGA